CAAAUACUGAGACAACUGUUUAUUUUAAACUUGCGUUCCUGUCGGUCGUGUUUAUCGAACAAGACUUGAAUCUGUAAAGCAUUUCGAGCUUAGGUCCUGAGAUCGAUGGACAACUUACUACUGCAUAGCUUUGAAACCUCAUCACUGGCGACCUGUCUCAGAGCCAUGCGAUUCUCAUUGCUCCAAUUUUCCAAGAUCCACAACCCGGAUGUUCUAGGGGAACAGCUGCCCAACGCUCACGAAGCCUACCUCCCGGUGUCCCUGCGGUGGGGUCACCAGAAUGAAGUCAGUGUCAACGAUUUAUUCGUCAACGAUUUUUCUGCAGUUUAUGGAACUUACGAUGUCGUCGAUGGCAUUCAUAAGCCUAAAGUCUUUAUCGUUUAUGGAGACAGAGGUUUUGGAAAAACGGCGCUGGUCAAUUAUCUCAUGUACGAAUGGCUGUUGGACGAAGCGAAUGAUGUCAAAAAGAUAAAAGAUUUUGAUCUAGCCAUAGUGAUAGAGGUAGAGAAAAUUAAUGAUGUUUUAGCUUUACCAAUGUUGGAAUCAAAGCUACCCCUUUGUUACAUGCCCAGUUGUAUGAAAUUCGACGAUGUCACAGAAGAGCUGAAAAAGAAAAAGAUACUUUGGCUCUUUGACGGCUUCGAAAAAGUCACGAUCAACACGAAGAAGGCAAUUGGCGACGCCAUCGAGCAUUUUCCUGCCUCUCAAGUUGUGAUAACAUCUCAUGAGAGGCAAAGUAUCAACAUUAGAUACAUGAUGGAACUGUUACAGGUCAAGUACGUUCCCUUAAACCUCAUGGACCUGACCAGCCACACUUGGAAGCUCAUGGCACCCAAAAUGAUCGCCACUAAAACCUACGAUCCCGGACUCGCUCAGGAACUCAGCUCAAGGUUUAUCUCAGAUCAUCGGCGGAAGUUUGAGGAAGGAGGUGUUCCGAGGCCGAAGGACCUCGGCUACGCCGUCUACGCUUGGUUGAUUGAAAGUUACCCAUGGGUGUCCCAGGGGGUGGUCAUACCAAAGGGCAGAGGGAGGAGUAAUGAGCAAUGCUCGCAAUAUUAAUCUUUAAUUCAUGAUUCAUGGACGACUAUUGACGGAAGCGUCUAAAAUGGGCAGUAAAGUAAUUGAAUCAGCUUUCAUUAUAUUAUUCACUUUUACUUAGAUGUAUACUCUUAUAAAUCUUCACUUUCCUUUCUGAAAUAGCAUUUUUAAAUUAUGGCAAGUAAUUUAAUAGACAACUAGAAUACUACUAGUGAUCAAGGGUGGAUCCGAAUCCAUUCCAUUUUAUCAAAAGUUAGGAAGAGAUGUUUUAAAAUGUUGAUGCGACUGGUAGAAAUCCACUUCUCCUCAGCCUUUGUUGCAUAAAUGUUUAAGUUUCACUUGUCGCCGCUUCCUAGCGAUUCGUCGAUAUCGUACAAAGUAUUGUAACACUAUGAUAUAAGGUGUAAGCUGUAAAAUUUUAGUUUCUUAUUACUAAAGAUAUUAAUAAGUACGUCCACGAAAACUUUUUAUUUCUGCUGUGUAGUAAUAUGCUACAUCACUGCUGGGAAACAAAAGCAAAUAAAAAUUUGUAAAUAUUUUUGCAUUAUUUUCAGUCACGGAAUCUUAUUUUGUAACUAUGUCGUAAUGUACCACAAAACUGGUGGGAAACAAAAAACAAAUUAAAUAUGUAAUAUUUUUGCAUAAUAUUCGGUGUUUUUAGUGUUUUUUUAUGUAUAAAAUUUUACGAUGUUUUUUUACAGUUUUAUAAUCUUUUAAUUUGAAUAAACAUUUAUAACUAUCCAAAACGUAUUGUGGAAAAUUUUGUCGAAACUAUUCUAUGAAUUAUGAAGUCUUAUAUGAUUUUAGACCAACAUGGUGAAAUGGUAAUUCGCAUUUGAAGGUGACUGACAUAGUCUCGGUAAUUUUAUGUAGGUAAGCAGUGUUUUUGUAGUCUGCAUAUACUUCACAACACAUUAAUUGUAAUGACUAAUUUUUAGAGCCACACUUUGGGGCAUUGUCUGUUGGAUACACCUUAGUAAACGCCCUCCUAGAUGUCCGCGUAUUAAUUGUUACACAUUAUCUUCUGGUGAUUCUUGUUCAUAUUUUUGCUUCGAGCUUAAAUCCAGCAUCUUUACUUUUUUUAAUAAUCUCCUAAAUAUGAAGUAAUUUCUAAUGUAUGGAACUGUUCUUGUAUAGAUAUUUGACCUGUUGCCAGGUAUGGGUGGAUAACAAUGUAAUUUACCAUUAUGCUUCUCGGGGUUUGUAAAUUAACAUUUCAAAUGAUACCCCUUAUACGAUGUGAUUAACUUUUAUUUUCAACUAAUGGAAUUAUCUGUACUUUCAACACCUGUAAUUGUAUGUACUUGUUACUAUCAAAUUUUUUUCUCUUAGAUAAAUGUU